AAUUGGUCGAAGCGUUGUGGUACCCAUGAGAAAGACCGUAUCGCACAGCAGCAUCGCCGUAAGAAUGGUCCGAAAAUCGGCUGACAAACCUGGAACAUGGCCCAGCGGAGGAUAUAGGAUAUAAUAUUCUUAGAACAUCAAAACAUGACAAAUGCCAUAAGCAUGUUGACGGUUAAUCUAUAACAGGCUAUGAUUCAAAGGCAGGUGACACUGACCCAGAACUUGUACCAGAACAGGUUUCUCGUACUCAGACUUGCAGCCAUGGCCUCCCCGUCUCAUUCGUCCCAGAACCGCCGGCGCUGUAAGGACCCGAUCCGCCACAGCUACAAUCCCGAACAAUUCCGCAACGUCAACUUCCAGAAUGGGGUGCCGGAGGACGUGGCGGCCAUGCACCGCUCGACCAGCGACACAGACCUGGUGACAUCACACAGCCGAUCCACGCUUACCGUCAGCACCUCGCUCUACGCCAUUGGACAGACCCAGGACAUCCUCAUCUGCUGGGACAUCAAGGAGGAGGUGGACGCUGGGGACUGGAUCGGCAUGUACCUCAUUGAAGAGGUGUCGUCUGAGAACUUUCUAGACUACAAGAGCCGCGGAGUGAAUGGUUCCCACAAGGGCCAGAUAGUGUGGAAGAUUGAGGGCAACUCCUAUUUUGUGGAGCCGGAGACUAAGAUCUGUUUUAAAUACUACCAUGGUGUGAGCGGGGCCCUGCGAGCCACUACCCCCAGUUUGACAGUGAAGAACCCCUCAGUUCCGGUAUUUAAGCCCAUCACCAAUGAAGAAGUCCCCCAGAGCACAGGCAGUAGAAGACUCAUCAGCUUCUCCCUCUCAGAUUUCCAUGCCACAGGGCUGAAGAAGGGGAUGUUCUUCAACCCUGACCCCUACCUAAAGAUCGCCAUCCACCCCGGCAGGAACAGCAUCUUCCCGGCGCUGCCACACCACGGCCAGGAGAAACGCUCAGGCAUCGUCUGUAACACCAUCAACCCCCACUGGCAGAGAGAGCACUUCAAUUUUGUGUCUCUGCCCACGGACGUUCUGGAGAUUGAGGUGAAAGACAAGUUUGCCAAGAGUCGUCCUAUCAUCAAACGUUUCCUGGGAAAGCUGUCCAUGCCGGUGCAGAGGCUACUGGAGAAGCAUGCUAUUGGUGACCGCGUGGUCAGCUACACGCUGGGCCGAAGGCUACCGACGGAACAUGUCAGUGGACAGCUGCAGUUCAGAUUUGAGAUCACUUCCUCUUUUCAUCCAGAUGAUGAAGAUAUGUCUCUCAGCACAGAGCCUGAGUGUGCCGCUGUGCAGGAGACCAGUAACCAGGGGGAGGGUCAGUCCUCCCAGGCCCAGGGCCAGGCUGAGGACACCAUGAGCCUGGGUCCGGGCGCUCCAGAACUCCCUACAGAUGAGGAGGAAGACGCUGGAGCUCCAGAACUUCCAAUUGGUGGAGAUACAGUUACAGCCACGCCCAUGGAAGGGCAUCCAGCAGGGCCUUUGGGUUCAGAACAGCCCAUGGAUGGAGAUGGAGACUCAGUGCCUAAGGCCCUAAAAACAGAACCAAGCCAGCCAGAGGUCAAUGGGGCUCAGGGGGAAGGAGGAGGCGGCUGUAGCUGUGGCUGCAGAGAAGCUGCCCACGAGCAGCAGGGGCCUGUUGGGCAGGACAUUGAGGGGGCACAGGGGGUGGACGGUACCCCAGCAGAGGGUCAGGUCAGCCCUGCUGUAAUGGAGGACAUGGAGAGUGAAGCGUCUGUUGAGCCAGCAGAACAGCAGGCGGUGGGUCAGGAGGAAGGGGAUGAAGAAUGCUGCUCCCUGCGCAUCAGGACCACCCCUAGGCGUAAGAACCGGCCCUGCUCCCUGCCCGUGUCGGACCUGGAGACAGUCAUCGCCGCGGCCUGUGGGGAGCCCGAAACCCCUCGCUCCCACUACAUCCGCAUCCACCUCCUCCCACAGUCUGCCUCCGCCCCAGCCAGGCACCCAGGAGGACCGGGGGAGGAAGAGGGGGCUGAGGCUGAAACAGAGCCCGACCCAGACCCAGGCCCUGACCAGCUCAGCCCCAGGGACCAGGAGGGGAGGACCCUGCCUCGCAGCCUGUCCAUCGAGCGUCUGUCCGACCUGGCCCUGAUGCUGGACAGCGAGGGCCGCCACCCCCAGGGCCAGGUCAGGGGUCACCAGAGAGUGUCCGACGAGGACGACAUGGAGCCCUGCUGCAGUAAUUCCUGCUAUGAGGGCCGAGGAGGCAGUCACACCCAGGCACCUCUAGUGGCUGCAGCCAUGUCUGUGGGGAGCAGUGCUUUCCUCUCCCAGGAGGACGAGGACAUGGAGGUGAACGGAGCGGAGAGCAGGGAGCCAGGAGAUGGGAUGCCCCAGUGGCAGGUGGCCCCCUCCACGCAGGUCCAGAGCCCCCAGAGAGUCAUGGAAAAUGGAGAGUCACCCGUGGCCGGGCCCAGAGAUUGUCCCCUACCGUCCAGCCAUCCUCCAGUCAGCCAGUUUCCUGCUCUGCGUCCUGAUCCCCAUCACUACCCCACUAUAGAUGAACCACUACCACCAAACUGGGAGGCGCGUGUGGACAGCCACGGUCGUGUGUUCUAUGUGGACCACAUCAACAGGACCACCACAUGGCAGAGACCCACCUCAGCAGCCACACCCGACGGCAUGAGGAGGUCUGGAUCCGUUCAGCAGAUGGAACAGCUCAAUAGAAGGUACCAGAGUAUCCAGAGGACCAUGGCCACAGACAGGAGUGAGGAUGAAGGAAGCAGAAGCAGGAGUGAGAGAACAAGCCUCAACAACAACAGCAGUGAGACAGACUCUCCUCCAAUGGCUAAUGAGCUGAGAAGAGACAGCUCCUCUUCCUCCUCCUCCUCCUCGUCUCCAGUCAACAGUCAGAAGAUCACAGCUCUGUUACAGAGCCCAGCGGUGAAGUUCAUCACACACCCAGAGUUCUUCACUGUCCUCCACGCCAACUAUGGGGCCUACCGCAUGUUCACCAACAGCACGUGCCUGAAGCACAUGAUCCUGAAGAUUCGCCGGGACACUCGUAACCUUGAGAGGUACCAGCACAACAGAGACCUGGUCACCUUCCUCAACCGCUUCACUGACGCACAGCUGGAACUGCCCCGGGGCUGGGAGAUCAAAACUGACCCACAGGGCAAGAACUUCUUUGUUGACCACAACAGCCGGGCGACCACGUUCAUCGACCCGAGAAUCCCCCUUCAGAACGGUUGUCUGCCCAACCACCUGACCCACAGGCAGCACCUGCAGAGAUUACGCAGCUACAGCGCAGGAGAGGCCUCUGAGGUGUCCCGUAGUCGAGGUGCGGCCUUGUUGUCACGGCCUGGGAACAGUGUGGUUGCCGCGAUACGGAGCCAGCAUCAUCCUGAUCCAGUGCCAAGGUCUUAUAAUGAGAAGAUAGUGGCCUCUCGUCAGCCUGGAAUACUAGAAGUUCUAACGGAGCGCCAGCCAGCCCUGUCCAGGAACCAUUCCCUGAGGGAAAAGAUCCACUACAUCAGAACAGAGGGCACCCAAAGACUGGAGAAACUGGCAUGUGAUGCAGACCUGGUGAUACUGUUGAGCUUGUUUGAAGAGGAGAUCAUGUCUUAUGUUCCGCCCUCCUUCCAUCCUGGCUUCAGCUUCUCUCCACGCUGUUCACCAGGGUCUUCACCACAGAACUCUCCAGGAAUGUCGAGAGCGAGAGCGCCUGCCCCGUACCGGAGAGACUUUGAGGCCAAACUACGCAACUUCUACAGGAAACUGGAGGCUAAAGGCUACGGCCAGGGCCCAGGAAAGAUCAAGCUUAUCGUACGGAGAGACCACCUGUUGGAGGGUACCUUUAACCAGGUGAUGGCCUACUCACGCAAGGAACUACAGAGGAAUAAGCUCUACAUCACCUUCAUAGGAGAGGAGGGGCUGGACUACAGUGGGCCAUCCAGAGAGUUCUUCUUCCUGCUGUCUCAGGAGCUGUUCAACCCCUACUAUGGCCUGUUUGAGUACUCAGCCAACGACACAUACACCGUCCAGAUCAGCCCAAUGUCCGCCUUCGUAGAGAACCAUCUGGAAUGGUUCCGGUUUAGUGGGCGUAUUUUGGGACUGGUGUUGAUCCACCAGUAUCUUCUGGAUGCCUUCUUCACGCGGCCCUUCUACAAGGCUCUCCUCAGACUAGCCACUGACCUGAGUGAUCUGGAAUACCUAGACGAGGAGUUCCAUCAGAGUCUACAGUGGAUGAAAGACAAUGACAUCACUGACAUGCUGGACCUUACCUUCACUGUGAAUGAGGAAGUCUUCGGACAGGUAACAGAGAGAGAGCUGAAGUCUGGAGGGGCCAACAUUAAUGUGACAGAGAAGAAUAAGAAGGAGUACAUUGACCGCAUGGUGAAAUGGAGGGUGGAGAGAGGAGUGGUCAAGCAGACAGAGGCACUGGUCAGGGGCUUCUAUGAGGUGGUGGAUUCCCGGCUGGUGUCAGUGUUCGAUGCCAGAGAGUUGGAGCUGGUCAUCGCUGGGACAGCGGAGAUAGACCUCAAUGACUGGAGGAACAACACAGAGUAUAGAGGAGGCUACCAUGACAGCCACAUAGUGAUCAGGUGGUUCUGGGGGGCCGUGGAGCGCUUCAACAACGAGCAGAGGCUGCGUCUGCUGCAGUUUGUGACUGGCACCUCCAGUGUUCCCUACGAGGGCUUCACCGCUCUACGGGGCAGUAACGGCCUGCGACGCUUCUGCAUCGAGAAGUGGGGCAAGAUCACCGCUCUACCAAGGGCACACACAUGCUUCAACCGGCUUGAUCUCCCUCCAUACCCGUCCUACACCAUGCUCUACGAGAAACUGCUGAUCGCUGUGGAGGAGACCAGCACUUUUGGCCUUGAGUGAAGGAGAGAGAAGUUGUGCAUCCCAAAUGGCACCUUAUUCCCUAUAUAGUGCACUACAAAGUAGUGCAUUAUGUAGGGAAUAGGGUGCAAUUUGGGAAGCAAUCAAGAUCUUAAAUAGGAUCCUGUGCCUCAGGACUGGGGACUCUACUGUACACAACACUCCCUUUAUACUGUACAUUUCAAUACAACAGCCAGAGGACUGUACAUUUCUCUUUUUUAACAAUCUAUGUACAGUAUACAAGCAAAAGGAAAAGCCAAGCACCACCACAUGCAUUACUCACAUGUUACAAUGUACCUUUGUUACGGGGAUAUUGCAUAAAGGCACCAAGCUGUGUGCAAUAGCUCUUAUUUGCUCAGCCUAUAUCAGCACUCAGGGCUUUGACUCAACACAUCACACCUACACCAAUGAAUAGUCUAGUCCAUCUCUCACAGUGCACCUUGCACCAACAGCCUUAGCAAGCAUCAUCACAUGAUCUAUCACCAACCACAACCAACAUUAUCAGUAGAAGAAAUGCCUCAACUCGCUUUAUCAGAGGGAGAGAAAUGCCUCAAAUACUGUCACAUGAACCACUACAACCAACAUUAUCUCAUGACGUUGUGUUCCGACUUCAGCAAUUCCACUUCAAAUAUUGCUGCCACUGGGAUUAUCCCAGGAUAUGACAUCAGCAAAGGACUGGGUCAUCAACAUCUCUCAAAUUCUUAAUUGUCCUAAGUUUUUAACAAGAUUUUGUGAACAUUGUGAAAUAUAAGGAGAGAUUCAAUAGUAUCGCAAGAUCCUACCGCAAUUUCAAAAUUACUGUUAGAGGAUUCUGAGGAUAUUUAAGUGAAAACUAUGUUUUAUCGCUAAAAACACAUAAGUGGAAUUGAUGUAAACCUUGAAGAUGAUUGGGAAAUGAACACAAACCAGUUUUACUGUAAGUGAUUAGAGUGAAGGGAGGUGAAGAAACCCCCUUUAACAACAAUGUCUGAUCAGAAAAAUAACUGUUUCGAUGUGCUCCAUGUGAAAACAACACACUUCUUUUUCUCCUCUUGAUUUUGAGAACCAUUUUAUGUUUACAUGAGGUGUGUUAUUUCUUGUUUUAACACACUUUAACAUUAUGAAUGUUUCAUUUUCACAAGAUUGUUGUAUUUCAUUUGUACAUGGUAGACUGUGUAUAACGCUACAGAUUAUUUUGGAAGGAAGUGUUUUAAAAUAUUUCAGCAGGUUUUUGUAUAAUUUUUUUAAUCAUGGGAAAUACAACAGGACAUAUUGCAUUGUUUAAAUGUAUAUUCAAAUACUGAGGCAAACCAAGAGAGAACAAUUUAAGUAAAUGUGCAGGUAUUGUGUUUAGAUUAUACUGGAUCUUAUUCUUCCUGAAUAUUUGUUGCACUUCUGAGGAGUUGACACAGUAAAUUCACCUCAAAUGUAUGUAUACCACUAUUCGAACAAAAAUCUAUUAUGUUUUGUAAUGUUUAUCAACAUAACACUAAUUGCAAUUAUUAUACACUAUAGUUCUUGCUGAACAGAAAACAGUAGAUUACAAUGCUGUUGACCUGUUACCGCACUUGUGUUAUAGCAGAGGGUUAACAUGUUUGAUUUUGUUUCAGUGUAUGCCUGUAUGUCUACCCUUGGCCACAGUCAUAAGUGCUGUGACAUGAAAAUGUAAUUGACUUAAAAUUGACGUCAUGUU